AUGAAGCCCUCGGAGGCGCGCAAAGGCGUUUUUACUACGCCUCUGCAGAAUGACUUCCAGUGGUACAACCUCUACAGAAAAAUGUUUGGUGUGUGCACCUAUGCCCCGCCGAUGCCGAUGAAUCCGAGUACCACGACCACGACCUUUCCAAAGCGAAAGCAUAUCCAGGGCUUCCUCGAUGACUACCGUGCUUCUUUUGAAAUUGAAGCAGGCGACGACCACUACGCGGAUAAGGAGCGCACCUUAAACUCCAUGAUGAAACCCUCCUCCAAGGACGCCUAUGUAACCUUUUCUCGACAAAGUUUAGAAUUGAGUUCAGAGGAUAACUCAUUAAUUUUUACAGGGCGUACGGACUUGUUCGGGAAGUCUGCCGGUGAGGAAUAUAGUCAAAACGCAUCCGUUCGGUCCCCCAGGACCUCACUCCCCCAUUGCAAAUCCAAGAGCGGCGACGGCUCGGGAACCAAACAUGGUAGUUCUCAACAAGAAAUGCUCAACGAACUUCUCGACGACUGUGGCUUCGGCGAGGGUCUUUUUAAUGCCAACUUCUUCGACUUUCUAAAGCGCCCAUGCAACCAUUCCGGGCGGGACGCCCGAGCUUCGGAGGAGCACGCCGGGGGGGGGGUGGAUUACCCCUCCCCGGUGGCGUCGAUGAGCCCUCCGCCGUUCCCCACCCUUCGGACGAAACCCGCAGCGGAGGAACGGCUGCCGUCCUUGGAGGGGCAGGUGCCCUCCUGUUUGCCCCCAAUUUACGCCCACGGGUCGGCCCCGGAGGCGAACCCCAAAGCCCUCGCUAAGGGGUCGGACGGAACCUCGCUCGCCGAGGUCGGGCUCUCGUUCUCCCCGACGCAAUCCCACAUCUCGCUCGGCAGCAGCACUGGCCUGCUCAACAUGAAGCCAAGCCCUUCCGACGAGAUUUUGGUGCUCCAACGGGAUACCUGGGCCUUGCUGAUGGAUCACCGCGCCAUCUCCUGGAUUGAGCGAGAGGCCCACGAGACGGGGAAGGCCGCCGCGCAAAGCCUCCGGCGGCUUCUCGAGAUCGUAACCGGGCCCUUGACGUUUUCGAACAAGUCGUUUGAUCUUAAGAGUGUGGAGACGCCGAAGGGUUCGGACCCCGAGCGCCUAUCGAGCAUCAGAAGCACCGACGAAUCGAGCGAGAUCGCCCUGCAGCGGGUUUAUGAGGGGUUCACUCCUUUUUUCGCCAUCAUCUCCGUCCCAGGGGCGUUGCAGCGACUUCAGAACCAAUACAACUCGGCAUUGCGAGCCCAGAUCCGAGGCCUACCUGGCCUGCCGGCCGACAUUGUCGGCAUGCCGUUGUUCAGUCAAUAUGCCACGUGGAAAGAGGCGUUUGAGAAUCGGAAGGCGUGGAGCAACGCCCCGUUAAGCUACUUCUUGAUUCAUGACGUGAGCUUUAAUUACGCGCAGAUAUGCGCGCUCUUUAGUCUCCUUCAAAUCGUACAGGACGAGACCCAUCAACAUACGGAGCGCUGCGUGGAAGCGGCGGGCCUGGUCAUCGCGCUGGAGGCGGCGAGCUACUUACUCAUAGACUACAAAGGCAUCCGCAUGGCCGCGGAGGACCAUCUUCAUGUGUGCCCGCUCCUUGCGAUCCAGGAGACCACGGAGGACGUACUCUUGGCCUAUGAGCAGAGCUCAGCCCGAAACGCGUUAACGAUGGCUUUGUAUGUGUGUGAUUUCAUUACUGACUGCGCCUUGGACCCGGAGACGGCAUCAAACUUCGUGAGCUCCGAGGCCCUGAAGCGUCAUAGCGCUUUUAAGGUGCCAGGUACUGAAUUCACGCAGGACUUUCAAGAUUCGUUCAAUGUGAAGACUGAUGACACGCAGAAGGAGGUGGGUGAUAAAAGCGGCGAGCACGGCAGCCCCAAUACCGACGGUCAGGACAAGGAAUACGAUCGAUUAUCAAGAAACUCCAUCUCGACGUCGCCCGAUGGGAUCAGUAUCUCACCAGAGGCCGGAACCCCAAAGGACUCACCGCUUGCCAAGCGUCUUCGGCUGCUUUCCAGGCGCUUUAAUGAGGCCGAUUUUGAAUCCAUCUUCGAUCUUAUUUAUUGGUUUACGGACGCUGCGACUGUGCACUCCGGCGUGCCGGUAGACCCACUACUUUUGCCGCGUGAUCCCGAAGCGGAGGGAAAUGCGACGGGUACGCAACACGGCGGUAAAAAGUCCGACAAAGAGUUGACUUUGCCCAACUGGAUCAAGCUGGAACUUUCCAUUUCGUCGCUGGAAAGCACCGUCACGAGUGUGAACUCGCAGAGACAGAAUUCACGAAAGAAGCGUCCAAUCGCGACGCAUGGGAACACGAAAGCUCUAAAGAGCAGUAAAAGCGUCUUGGCAUCCGCACGGCCUCAAAACCGGCCUCACUGCAACUCCGUGGCUGAAGCACGAGUGCCAUCAAACCCCGCGUCGACGUCCUCGGGCGAGGGUGAAAGGCCUCCCCCAGUUGAACCGCUCUACAUUCCCGGCCGACACCAGCGCUAUCACGCGGUCAGCUCGCUGCUGGAGGCGAUCACAAGCUACGAGGCCUGUCUCCAGACGCUUCUGAACCGCAAUCAGCGGACGGAUCAGGAUUCGCCCGAGAGCAGAACGAAUCUCUCGUCCGCGGAUACCGCACAAGCCGGAAAAUCGUCAGGAAGGGGCACUACGGAUACCGAUGGAACGGCGCCCAAAGACGUUAGCCCAGGCAAGAAACGCCGACGAAGGCGAACCAUAAAAAACGAUACCCCGGCCGAUUUAUCGGGACUAGCUACGUAUCUCUCCCCCUCGACAACUUUCCUUAAGACGCCGCUGGUUUUUGUGAUGAGUUACAUCCGUCUCCACGGCGCUGUAUGGCUCAAGCAGCUUUUUGAGCGACUUUUUAACAUAUUGCGCAAGGAGAGCGUUCUUUUGUAUGUUAACACGCUGGACCUAGGCAACGACUUUGAUGUCCUCGAAUCGAAGCACCUUCGCAGGGCGACGGGUGGAGCGUUUAACGCAUCUCACACGCAUGACUCGCAGCCAUGCAGCGUCAGUAACGUGUUGCGUCAGCUGGAUACGUCUCGAAGGAAUGAAAACAGCUUCUCGACGGAAGUAUCCUCUGCGAAUGUGGCUGGUCUUUCCCUAAGCACCGCCCAGGAGGCGAGCUGCAACGCGCACGUUCAAUCCCUUGAAGAUCUGAUCUGUCAAGACAUCCUGUAUGUGAUGAACGAGUUUUUUAGCGCACUUUAUGGAAGUCGCUCGACCACACGGCUGCCGCGAGGGAUCACCGCUCUCAUAACUCAGUUUACCACCACCGUGCACUUGCAUCUUUUGCAGUCACUUGCGAGUCCGGCUAGUACGGAAAGCGGUGCAUCUGGUUUCACCAACAACAGCCCUAGUGAUUCCCAACGGUCGGGUCUUCGCCGUGUGAGUGAGUACGUUCGACACUUAAAGCUAAGCCAGGUGGCAGUGAGGAAGGGUAUGCUGCGGCACCACGAAAUGCUUUCCAACAGCGCCGUGAAGCGCCUUGUGAAUAACAUCGAGCAGAAUCGCCUUGCGAAGUUUAUCAUAUUUGACUGCUGGAUUAUCUGCACGCUUAACAAUGCCAUCUCCUACGGCCACCUCGAUGAGAACGCCUCCCUCCACCUGCGAUGGAAUAUCGAUGCCUUCGCGCGGUACUUAAAAAUAUUAGUCAAUGCCCCUUUUAUUAAAGAUAAGGCGUCCAGUGGCUACGCAGUGGAGGCAAGUAAAUAUAUUAAUAGUCUAGCCGAGCAUGUUGCCGGGGUCUCGGACCUGAACUCGGUCACCGAACCGAAGGACAAGAUGAAAGGAUCAUCCAAUAAGUCGCGUAACUUUAGCGAUUCCAGCAAAACGCCACCACAGGAUCACCCGUCCUCACGCGGCUCCCAACACCCUAAGCGAGAAAAGCCCCCACCCGUGACGAUGUCACUUCCCUGUUUUAUCACCGGUGUUUACGAUAUCGCGACGGGUAAUCUCGUCCGGCUCGGCCUCAACAACACCGCCGCCGCCCCGGACCCCCGACAGGGGUGGCGCGAUGAGAAUUCCAUGCGAGCGGUCUCCCCAUCUAAUCGAAGCGCCCGGGGGGGUCGAAGCACGACCCCGAAGCGGAAUUCCUUCCAAGUUUCCGCGGCGCAUAUCUCACCGGUGUCCGUGUCGCAAGGGAGUAAGUCCGCAUUACGCGAUCGCACCCCCUCUAAGUCCACUGUGGUGGGGUUUCCUCGUUCCGAUAAUUACGUUAGGCCGCCUGCCGCUCCGCAGGUCUACACCGUCAUCGAGGGUUCCAGCUGGGAUAGCAUCUCACCCUACAUGAAGGCCCUCAAUGAGGCCCUUGGUAUUGUUGGGUACGAUAUGGAAGAAGACAGUUUCGGCGAUGAAAACGUUUCCACCCACGUAUCCGGUUCGAAUCCUCGCGAUCGGGUGGAUUUAUUUAUGGUAUUACCCGAAUUCGAAAAAGCGGACUUUAACCAGCAAAACUGUGCGAUGCGUUUGUUAGACUACUUCACUCGGCGUGCCUGUCAAGAAUUGUCAGGAAAUAUAGUGAUGACCGAGUUUGAAGUCUUGCCAUCCAUUGCGGCACGCUGCAUUGACAAACUGACCGACUUCAUAACGGGGAAGCACCCGCUCAUCGUGAACGCGUCUUCGCUUGGGGUGUUGCCCAAUACAUUCGGCCACUCCCCCUAUUUAGCCUCCCUACACGGUACUUUACUACACCCUAAGUGUGCUGGGCAGGCGCUCGAUAACGUUAGUCGGAACAGCCGGCGAUUCUUCGAUGCCUUACUCCGGCCGCUAAAGGACGGGACGAUUCUGCAGUUCAUCGCAGCGCUUACUCUCGACCAAAGAGGGGUGCCAAUGGUCGACAGCAACGCCAUUUUGCCGCUCAUGCAUACAAACGCCGCGGAGAUGCCUGUUGAGCCUUCGAAUGACCAAAUUCGCCCCUGCGGUAGCGUGGUGAGCGCACGGGCCUCUAAAGCUCGUGUAUCCCGCUCUUCCCUUGCCCACCGGUGGGAAGCUGAGGCCCGAAGGCUCAGCCAACAGCACAGCUUCCUGACAACCGGUGCGAUGCACCAGACGGCGCGCGUGAAGAACCUUCUGUUGAAUGUCCAGAAGCUCGACCCGAUGCAUUUCCUGAAGGCCAGUACGAAUUCCAUUGUCAAGGAGGCCAAUGUCGUACCCCUGUGCUUCGACCCAUGGUGGCGCAUUAUGGUGGUUGCCCUGUGCUUCAAGGUGUCAACCCUGCUAUCCGAAUGCAGCACGGCACAGUCCGAGGCGUUCUUCGCGAAGUGUCGAGAACAAAUGGCCGUCGUCAAGCAACAGAAUCGUCAAGCCACCAAGAACUUCAUCUCUCAUUUCGGGAAGACGACUGAGGAGGUAACCAAAGGGAAAAAGAAGAAAAAUACCGCAGAUAAGAAUGGAAGAAUACAUCGCACAAGGAUGGGUAUGCGCCCCAGUCCACAAGUAAAUAAAGCAAGUCAAAAUAUUCAACGAAAAUAA